AUGCCUGCAAAAGAAGAAGGAGAAGAGAAGAGGGGCGAGAGGGAGAACAGAAAAGAGAGGUGGAGAGACGGAGAGGGGAAGAGGGGUGGCGACAGAGGAGGAAACGGAGGGAGAAAAAGGGGAAGAAGAGGGAAAGGGAGAGAAGGGAGGAGAGGAAGGCAGGAGAAGAGGAGAGAAAGAGCAAGAAGGGGGCGGUGGCGCCUGGUUGUUGCCGGUGUACUCGCCAGGCCGGAGAGCUUCUGGUUGCCGUAUCUUUCGGCUAGCUUCGCCGGCUGGAGAGAAGGGCGAAUAGAGAGGGAGAGAAGGAGAAGAGGGACGGAGAAGAGGAGGGAAAGAGGGGUUCAGGCAGGGAGAGCAAAGGGAGGAGAAGAGGCAAUGAAGGAGAUCAUGAACCUUGAAUCCAUGCUUCAAUUCAAGGAAGUUAAAAAUCAAGUCUAG